GUUAUAUCAAGCAAUUGCAAAUAAUUAAAGUUAAAUUUUUAAGAUUGUUUUGUCAGACAGGCGCUGAUCAUAAAGUUUAUACUUUUUCUUACCUGUAUUCAAACGAAAUAUAUCCUUAAAGGAAAAAAAGAUAGGACAAUAAGCAAAAUGUGCAUGUGUUCUUUUUUAUAAGAAGGGGAUGAUUUCUUUACUUGGCUUUUUCGGGAUCUUUAUGAACAUCAAACAAAUAUUUUUUAUAUAUAUGAGGACGGAUUAUUAAAAGUUAUCAAGUGAUUGACUGCUGACUAGUCCAAUUAUAGUGUAAUUAAAAAAGUAAACAAUUAAGAACGAACAUUUUUUGAGAUUAAAAACAAAAAAUUUAAAUGGCAACAACGAGAGCAUCACUCAAAUUGCCCGUAAAUCCAAAACAACAGCAAGGAAUUACAGCAAAAAGGAAGGCAGAAGCCAGUCCGGGAAAGAAUGAACGGAUCAAAAGGUGUGCAUUGACAAAUCUUACAAAUAAUUUGAUUCGAAAUGAAAACGAUGAGAAUUUAAAGAAAGUGACAGUAUUUGGUAAUAAGGAUGAUAAUCAAAAUCAAGCAAAUAUACAGCCAAUAAGUUAUCGAACAAGAGCAUCAGUCGCUGCUUCACAUGUGCAACCAAUAUUACAACUCAAGCCUCAAAUUAAAGUCCCAAAGAAAGUUAAAAAUGAUCAUAAAAUUGACGUAGAAAAUGUUAUUUUAAAGGAUAAGGAAGUGAAAAGUAAGACUAACGCAAAUGUAAACGUAGACAAAUCAAAACGAUCAAUAAGUACACGCCGAAUUUCUAAUGAUUUUGAAAAGACUGAAGAGAGCCUUUAUGUCUCUGCACUCGAAGAUAUUUCAUCGGAUGCAUCAAGACUCUCGCAUAAUAGAACAAAGAAUUUACCAAGCAGUGCCAGUAGCCUUAAUUCAACAGUUACCUCAUCUCAGGCAUCAAUCUUUACCACAGCAUCUGAUACCUCAGUUGAUACAGAUAUUUAUGAGGAUGCUAUUAGCCGGAAAUUACCAAAAGGCAUUCAGCAUUUUGACCGUGAACAUUGGAACGAUCCAUUCCAGGUGUCGCAUUAUGCAAUGGAUAUAUUCGAAUAUCUUAAGCACCAAGAAGCUAAAUAUCAAAUUAAAGACUAUAUGAGCCAACAGCCAGAAAUCACAAAAUGGAUGCGAUGCUUACUUGUUGACUGGAUGGUCGAAGUACAAGAAAGCUUUGAAUUGAACCACGAAACUUUAUAUCUUGCAAUUAAAAUCGUUGAUACAUAUCUUGGGCAUCAACGAGUAUCGAAAGACUCUCUGCAAUUACUUGGUGCUGCUUCCUUGUUAAUUGCUUGUAAAUAUGAUGAACGUACACCUCCUCUUGUCGAUGACUUUUUGUUUAUAUGUGAUGGGGCUUAUAAAAGAAAUCAAUUGCUUAAAAUGGAAACGAAUGUUUUUCGAGCAAUCCGAUAUGAUUUAGGAUUUCCGCUCUCAUACAGAUUUUUACGUCGUUACGCUCGGUGUGGAAAGGUAUCAAUGGUGACUUUAACGCUUGCUAGAUAUAUCCUCGAAUACUCGCUAAUGGAUUACUCAACUAUUCAAUUGUCGGAUACAAAAAUGGCAUGUGCUGCUUUAUUUAUGUCUCUUCGUAUGAAUAAUUGCGAGGGAUGGAAUGAAGUUUUAGAAUAUUACUCAGGUUAUCGAUUAAUGGAUUUUGCUCCAAUCGUUGUGCUGCUCAAUACAAUUUUACACAAGAAACCAAAGGAAACAUUAAGUACUGUAAGGAACAAAUACUCUCACAAGAUUUUUCAUCAAGUCACAAAAAUUCCACUUUUGGAUAUCAAUAAACUAUUUGAGAAUUUUCCGGACGUAACACAGAACUUUACACUUACGAAUCUCACUUAUCAGUCUGUCAUCGCUUCGUGCUCGUCGUCAACGUCAAGUAAUGAGAACAGUAAGGAGUCAGCAUUGUAUAGGAAUGCAAAGGAACAAAAAAUAGAAACAAAAUCAAUACCAUUGCCACAAAUUCGUUGAAAUUGGUGAGCUAAUGUUGUAUUAUUUAUAAUAUUAUAUUUUUUAAUAAUGUUUUUAUAUAAUAAUGUGUUUCGUUGUUUCUUCUUUAUUUUUUACAAGAGACUUUAAUUUCUAGAAAUUCUUCUAUUAUUUAAUUUCCAAUUUCAUUUAUUUCUUACGAAACCCGAUACUGUUUAUUUUAUUAUUUUUCAUUUUUAUAAUCCAUAAUUCAAGAAAAGUAUGCUUAAAAAAUUGACAAAUCUAUUGUUGUGGAACUCAAGUACUUUUUAUUAUUUUUUUAUUCAACUUUCUAUCUUUUAUGCUACCUUCAACUCCGAUUUAUAGUUCGAUAGAUAUUUAGCAUGUUAAUAAACAAUAAUUUCGAGUUUUCUCGUUAAAGAGGAAAUGAGAAAAAAGUGAGACUUUCAUAUGAUCUCAAAAAUGUAGUCACUUUACAAUGCAAUCAGUGAAAAACAAUGUUCAAUUCAAUAGAGCGCAUUUUUGCAAGAAUUAAAAAGAUAGAAAAAAUUAGAUUUAAGUAACGGAUUUCUGAAAUUCAAAAUUGUAAAAAAUAACGGUUUUUGACGAGUCACAUUAGAAACAUUUUUGUGGCAAUUAUAUUAGAGUACAAAAAUGUUAAGUAGUUUAGAUUAGAAUAGAAAUUACGUCGACAAUGUAGAAAAAAAAAUAAAUUAAAAACUUGCAAAAUUGCGCUCGAAAAUGUAGAGGAAGUAAAAUCCACUCUAAUUAAGUAUGAAUAUAAAGAAAUGUAAAUAUGAUUCCUAAACUUUGCAUUGUAAAGUCGUAAGAAAAUAGAAAAUGACUUGUUUCGUGAAAUAAUUCUUCAUUUUUAUUUAAUUUAGGCAGUGUUUUUAAUUUAAUUACAUUAAUUUACGUUCAGCAUAUUUACAAAUCUUUUCAUUAUUAUUAAUUUUUCUCGAUAAAAACCUAU